AUGGCCACCUUUUGGUGCUCGGAGGCCCUCCCGCUUGCCGUCACCGCCAUGCUACCCAUCUGCCUCUUUCCCACGCUGGGGAUCAUCCCGUCCCAAAAACUCUGCCCUCAGUACUUCCUGGAAACCAACUUCCUCUUCCUAAGCGGCCUGGUGCUGGCGUCCUCCAUUGAGGAGUGGGGCCUCCAUCGCAGAAUAGCGCUGAAGGUCCUCACCAUCGUGGGGGUCAAACCAGCGUGGCUGAUACUGGGCAUGAUGACCACCUCGUCCUUCCUGUCCAUGUGGCUGAGCAACACGGCCACCACGGCCAUGAUGCUCCCCAUUGCCAACGCCAUCCUGGAGACUCUCUUCGGGGAUCUGGAGAGCCUGAAGCAGAAAUGCAUGCCGCACGCACCAGAGGAUUGCAAGCGCGACGUGGCCCGUGGUCCAUCAAUUAAGAUGCGUUCUCUGCCCUCGGUGGCCUCAGAGAAGCAAAAAUUGUCACUUGAGGGUUCGGGCGCGGCCGCGGAGGAGAACGACGCCAGGACAGCCGAGGAGAUCCGCUCCGAGUCGGAGUAUCAGAUGAGCGUGUGGAAAGGCUUUCUGGUGUGCAUUCCUUACGCCGCCAGUAUCGGAGGAACGGCCACGCUGACGGGAACCGCGCCCAACCUCAUCCUGAUUGGACAGCUCAAAAACUAUUUUCCCGAGUGCGAUCUCAUCAACUUUGGCUCGUGGUUUGCAUUUGCCUUCCCGCUCAUGUUGGUUUUCCUGCUUUUGGGAUGGCUGUGGAUCGCGUUCCUCCACGGGGGACUGCGCGCACGCUCCAAGCAGCAGCAGAGAGCCGAAGAAGAGGCCCGAGCUCGGGCUCUGGUGGAAGAGGACUACCGGAAACUGGGACCCUUAAAUUUUGCCGAGGGGGCCGUCGCCUUCUUUUUUACCACCUAUGCCGUUCUCUUGUUCACGAGGGAUCCCAAAUUUGUCACCGGCUGGUCUGCGCUUUUCAAGAAGGGCUAUGUGUCGGACGCCGUCACCGGUGUGAUCAUCGUGUCUGUCUUGUUUUUCUUCCCCUCGCAGAAACCUUCUCUUAGCUGGUGGUUGGACCCCAAAGCUUCAAACGCGCCCUACGUUCCUCUCCUUUCGUGGAAGAAAGCCCAGGAGGCCGUUCCGUGGAAUAUCAUUCUGUUGCUGGGAGGCGGCUUCGCCAUGGCCCAGGCCUGUGAGGAGUCCGGACUGGCCUCCUGGAUGGGAGGCCACCUUCGGCCUUUGGCCAAAGUCCCGCCCCCUGCGGCCAUGAUGCUGAUCACAGCUUUCGUGGCCUGUUUCACCGAGUUUGCCAGCAACACGGCCACCAUCAUCAUCUUUUUGCCCGUUAUCGCCGAACUGGCCUUCCACGCGAGCGUGAACCCCCUGUACUUCAUGAUCCCUGCCACGGUCGGGAGCUCGUACGCUUUCAUGCUGCCCGUGGCCACGCCGCCCAACUCCAUCGCCUUCGCCUCCGGUCACCUUCUGGUCAAAGACAUGGUGAAAACUGGCUUUGUCAUGAACAUCCUGGGUCUGCUGUCCGUGGCGCUGGCCAUCAACACGUGGGGCCUGGCCAUGUUCCAGCUGGACGCCUACCCCGACUGGGCUCGCCCUCUCAACCGCUCUGCCGCCUACAUGUCAAAUGCCACGCUCUGAUGGCCCGACGGGAAGACAACGCCGGCGGCAGGCAGUGUUCGGCUCUUACCGUUUGUAGUUAAAGUUAAAGUCAACUUUUAAAGUUAAAGUCCCAAUGAUCAUUGUCACACACACAUCUGGGUGUGGUGAAAUUUGUCCUCUGCGUUUAACCCAUCCCCGUGUGAUUUUAAUCCAUCCCCUGGGGGAGAGGGGAGCAGUGAGCAGCAGCGGUGGGUGCCGCCCUCGGGAAUCAUUUGGUGAUCUAACCCCCCAAUUCCAAGCCUUAAUGCUGAGUGCCAAGCAGGGAGGCAAUGGGUCCCAUUUUUAUCGUCUUUGGUAUGACCCGGCCAGCCGGGGUUUGAAGCCACAACCUUCCAGUCUCAGGGCGGACACUCUACCACUAGGCCACUGAGCUUCACUGACCCCUGCCUUCACGUAUUUUCCUUAGCCCUUUUUCAAAGGUUGCGCACGGUGCGUUUAAACAGACGCCGUGGGAGCUGGGCAAAAACACGGGCAAACUAAUCGUCAUUCAUUACAAGACUGGCAAAAACAACCAAGCUCACCACAUUACAAACAUCGGCACCGCAGCGCCAGCAGUCCCGAAUUGCAUCUGAUGGCUGUAAAGCUUUUUUGCUUUUUUAUUGUUGUGCCGGCAUUCGACGUCACGGCCGUCGCCAGCUCCGUCUGCUAUGCACGGGGCCCAUAACAACCCAACAAAGUCUUUCACCCUAACCCAAUUUCCCAGAGAGAGAGCAGCAACGUGCGGUCGGAACCCUCUGGCUUUGUUAAAGCGGGCAUGUUUGGAGAAAAUCGGUCCCUUUUUCUGUCUUUGUGUGCACAUAUUGUUCCCAUCCCGUCCUCAACUGUGAAAAGAGCCAGCACGCUCGCUCAUAAAGUACGUUAAGUCCAUGACAUUUUGGUCCUCCUCAUCUGAAGGCACACCGCCGACAAUACAAGCCCGCCUGCCCCUCUUGGCCCAUCGGUACGUGGUCAAUCUGUGUCCGUUCAAUCAAUCAAUCAAUCAAUCAAUCAAUCAACCAAUCAAUCGGCAAAUGUCAUUCCUGAUGGGACUGUGCAACGAGAACAGCCAGCAAGCCGAGCUUUUCCCAGAGAAGCUCCCUCUGCGCAUUACGCCGGGCCAAUCCAGUCCCAAUUUGGAUUGGAUUCAAUAAAGUGUACUUGGUCCAGCC